AUGAUAGACAGCUACCUCAACGACAGGUGUGUCCGGGUCAGAUAUGCCGGAGCGGAGUGCCGCAGGGACACGAACAAGGGAUGUGUGCAGGGGUCCAUCGGAGGCCCUAUCCUUUGGAAUCUGGUGCUGGAUCCCUUGCUGAAAGGUCUAGAACAGCGAGGCGACUACUGUCAGGCGUUCGCCGACGACGUCGUCCUCAUUUUCAGCGGGGAUACGGCACUCGAAAUCCAGAGACGUGCCAAUGCCGCCCUCGAGUAUGUUCGGGGGUGGGGCAUCAGAAAUAAGCUGAAAUUUGCGCCACACAAAACAUGCGCGAUGGUCGUAACCAGGAAGCUAAAGUACGAUGUCCCCCUCCUGAGCAUGGGUGGGGUCGCCAUUGGCAUGUCAGAGGAAAUAAAGAUACUGGGGCUCACUGUGGAUCACAAGCUCACCUUCAACACGCACGUCGCAAAUGUUUUGGGCUGGGGUCUACACCCCGAGGUGAUCCGCAGCAUCUACACGGCGGCGGUGGAACCGGUGAUUUUGUACGCGGCUAGCGCCUGGGCGCCAGCAGCCAGGAAAGUCGGUGUGCAGAAACUCCUUAAUUCGGUCCAGCGAGGGUUCGCUCAGAAGCUGUGCGGAGCAUACCGCACCGUCUCACUGCAUUCGGCACUUGUGCUGGCGGGGUUGCUCCCGCUUGACCUCAGGAUUCAAGAAGCAGCCGCGCUCUAUGAAAAGAAAAAGGGAGUAACUUCGCUGGCCGGUCGUGAGGUGGAACGGGUGGUAGCGUUCGCAGACACGCCACAUCUGGCGAAACAUACGGCCAUGGGGUUUGUGAGCUUGGUAGAUCAGUCUCAUGUGGAGCCCCACAACAGCCAGGACAUACGGUUCUUCACAGACGGCAGCAAGAUCGAGGGCAAGGUCGGAGCAGCACUCUCCCUUUGGGAUAGAGAGGCCGAGAUCAAGUCCUCGAAACUCAGUCUGCCGUCUUGCUGUACUGUCUACCAGGCAGAACUCCUGGCCAUAUGCGUAGCCACCAGGCAAAUACUGCGGCGCCGGGAGGGCACUUUUGGCAUAUAUAGCGACUCGAAAGCAGCCCUGCAAACGGUCACCAACCAGAGUGCCGUCCACGCCCUGGCAGUGGAAGCAAGGGCGAACCUCAGCGUGGCUUUAUCCCAGGGCAAAGUUACAUCCUUGUUCUGGGUAAAGGCACACGCUGGACUGGAGGGAAAUGAGCGCGCCGACCACCUGGCCAAGGAAGCGGCUUUAAAGAACAAAACCAGGCCAGAUUACGACCUCUGCCCGGUUUCAUUCGUCAAGCGGCAGAUCCGAUUGGAGUCGCUGGGCGAAUGGAAUCGGAGAUACAGAAACGGAGCGACAGCGGGGGUCACAAAGAUCUUCUUGCCCGACGCUGCGGACGCGUACAGGAUCGUCAGAAAAAUUCUGCCACGUGGGGUAAUAAUACAAGUGCUGACGGGGCACGGCGGGUUCUCCGAAUACUUGCACCGCUUCAAGUGUAAGGAGAACCCAUCGUGCAUCUGCGACCCCAGUGCGAUCGAGUCUGUCCCCCAUAUCAUACAAGAAUGCCCUAUCUUCGCGCGGGAACGGUGGACACUGGAACAGGAAUUAGAUAUAGAGCUGAGCCUGCAAAACAUUAGCCACAUAAUGCACAAACGAAAAGCAAGAGAAAAAUUCCUAGAGUAUGCCGAAACAGUUGCAAAUAAAACAAUACGUAGGAAUAAAGAAGCCUGA